UUGUGGGUCUUUUUUAAAAGUCAGAUUGUACAUUCCUGGAGUUAAAGACACAGACGAAGUUUCUUUCCCCUUACUCAGAUGAUCCCAUUCGAGAAAGCUACCACAAUGUAUCGAAAGUAAUGGGGAACCAGCUGCUGAUUUUUGUUGGAUUUUUAAUUCAGUUAGGUGUAACAAUUGCCGACGAAGAAUGUCCUUAUAAGGGUCUUAACAGACUGAAUGCUGUUAAAGGAAAACGUUAUGCUGUAGUGAACCCAGAUAUUCCAGGAGCCUAUAACUUUAAGCCCAAACUUCCAGUAAAAGUAUACGGAAAUACAGGAUGGCAGGAUAUUAAUUAUUCCAUAGGAAAUGGCACUAAAUGUGUUUUUACUUAUGUUGUGAAAGUACUAAGGUGUGAACAGGAAGUCAGCAGCAUAAGUGAUUAUGAAGGUGGCACAAACUGCUCCGUCUUGAUGUGGGGGAGAUCAUGUAAUGCCGCCUGUUCUGAUGGUAAAGUGUCUGUGGGUGGACCAGCAGUGUUUACAUGUGAAAUAGAUAAUAGUAACAGGACCUUUCUACAGUUAGAUAAAGCCACUGUUUGUCAAAGUAUGUUUAUCUCUUUACAAAAUAAAUACCCUGGUAAGGACUUAAUAUUUCUACUGGACACUUGGAAAAAAGUUUUAGGAUCCAGAUUGGCCCCUGGAGAAGAUAGGUUUAGUUGCAACCUCAAGGGAUCUGUAAAAAUAAAAUGGCCAACAAUAGAUUUUACAUUAGUUUUCCGAGUUUUGGAAAGUUUCAGGUUCCAACAACAUACAGAUUUGACUGGUAAUGGAACAAUACUUUUCUCAAUGACAGAAUGUUCCAACUGUGCUCUCUCGAAUUUAACAGGACUUGAUCUCAAAGAAUCUGAGAUACCAUCUUUCAAAUUUUACCCAUUCCUUCCAUGUAGAAUGGAUGGUUGUUUGGAGGAUUCACUUCACAUGUUUAAAGCAAGGACCAAAUACUUGGGACCAAAUGGUUGA